ACGAAAACGCUUGACUGUCCGAAUCCGCAGAGCAGCUAGCUUUUCGUCAGUCUUUGUGUUUCACAACAUUAGUACGGAGUAGCUGAUAACAAAGGAGAUUUAUUGUCGGAAGGCGUCUCGGCGACCGCAAUUGAAUAAUGACAAUAUCAAAAGGAGAUCUGACGAACGUUUUGAACAUUUUGUUUGUCGUUCCAGAAAUAAUGCUACCGCAACCACGAUGACCGAGAAGAAUCAUAAACUGCCGAAUCUCGGCGCGAGGCAUCCUGUCGUGGCGGCCUCUCCAAGGAAUGCGGUCUUGGAUGCAGUUGAGGGACACAUAGCCGAGGCUAAGGCCCUUCAUGCUGAGGGAGCGCACCCGAAACCGUCGCCCUUGGUCAAGCGGUCAUCACAGGUGAAUCUCUUGGUUCAGAGAAAGAUCUCGCAAGGACAGGAGCCGCGUGGCGGAGCAAAGAAAUUCGCUGCUUUGGGCAGAAAAGUAGUGACUGCUUUAAGUUGGAAGCGCGUGUUGAGUAAAGCGGCUGCGGAUGCACUCCCGGAAGAGCCGAAAAAAGAACCUGAAUUAGACUUGCCUGCACAGCCUCGUUUCUGUGCGACGCUUUCAGUUGAGGCCCAAUAUGCCAUGAUGAAGGGCUAUGAGGAUUUAUUAUUGACAAACCUAAAGGAGAGUUACCCGGAACGAGCGGUAUUCUUACCGAGGACACGAACACCGCCGACCACAACGAAAAAAAUCGUUGACACUGAUUCAGAUGAUUCAGAAAGUGAGAAAAACGACUCCGCGAAUCUUCAAGCGUUGGUUCCCGUGACUAAUUAUAACAAACAGGUGGUUCCCUUCAUGAAGACAAAACCUAAAUACAAAGGUCCUAAGAAGAAACAGCUGGUGAUAACCUAUAGGUUUCAGAGCGCUAUGGAUAUUCUCGAUACGAUGAGGGACAAGAAAGGUCACCUUGUGACGUCACCAAGGUUGAAAGAGAAAACCAUUAACCCCGUGGAUAGCUUCAGUUCUUGGAAGACCACGUGGGCAAAGGAGUUCAAAUUCAAACCAGUGCCGCUGACGAAAUGAUCACACAGCGUGGGUCUUUACCCAGAGAUUUUUAACUAUAUAGUGUUGUCGGCCGAAAGCUCGUCGCUCUUUUCAAAAAGUCACCAAUCUACAAUUUUCGGAAUUUUAGAGGGCGGAGUAGACCGUGCGAUUUCAUUCAUCCUAAAAUGGCUUCCGACAGAACCGUUACUGACCUAGACAUUAUGUUACGAAAAACGGCACUUGGCAGGACAAUAAGAGAGGAUCCAUCGCUCCGUAUCCAUCACUAUCGCUAAAAAACCCCACGCAUUGGGGUCCUGAAUACAUGUAUUAACCAUGCAGUCCCUUCAUGAAUGUAGUAGAGUCAUCUACAUGUAGGUUCCCCCACCCAACAUGGGCAGACCGGCUACUUAGUAUCUACAUGUAGCUGGGGGCGGAUAUAUUCCUCUUAGACACCGAGAGACGCCUGGUACCCCUAGCAGUGUUUAUGCAUGAACCCAAGUGUCUGCACCCACAAAAAUAUUGAAUAAACGACACCCGUUUCGACGAUCUGGCCAUAACUUGGUGAUUUGAGACUCAAGAUCGCAUCCGCGCACCAUUUAUAGGCAUAGUUUUAGCACAAGGCCUAUCAGCGCUAAGAAACACAGCUCUUCCAUACAUCUUAAUUCAUCGGAGUUCGUUAAAUCUCAACUGCGAAAUGACUUCUCCUGUUUACCAGCGAGGGACAUUCUGAUGUAACGGAGCAGCUCUGGCUUAUCCUUGACCCCAUGGUAUAUACUCCCUUAAACUUUAGCCGGGAUAUAUUUCAAAUCUUGAUGAGAUGCAGAAUCCGUGGUGGUCAAGAUAGUUCUGGUUGUGAACGCGAACAUUUCACCGUUUUAUCGAGUUAUAUAGCGACUAGAGUGCCAUCUACAUUAUUUGUACCGAGUGUUGGACCUUUUCGUAACCAGUGUCCUAGCAGUGUUUAUAGCGUCGACAGGUACGCUCCAACACGUGAGAUCUGGAGUACAUUAAGGGCCAUGUACCUCUUUUAAACUAUGAAUUCAAAUAAACUUUGAGUGCCUGCAAACGCUUUUGAAAUAAGACUCCCCUCCCCCCCCCAAUUCUAACCCAAAUCGCCUGACCCUGCCCUAAUCUCUGACGCGUCCCAUCCAACCAAGCGCACAAUAUUCUCAAUGGCCGACCACCCUGUCACGAUUCCAACUUUAUCCCGUGCAAGGAACGGCAUUUUAAAGGAGCAGGUAUUAUUCCAGAUACGGAUGAACUCGAAACUCUGGAAUACGAGAUAUCCUCGGAACCUGGUAAUACUGGGAGUUUAGUAUUUGAUUUACUUGGGAGUAAGCGCUAGCUGUCGAUAGACGACUUCGAUCAUUCAUAAAACAAGACGCGUGACCAGGCUACGCUAGCCAUCGUGCAUAAUAUAGAGAUAACACGCUUUUCGAUUAGAGUAGCUUAGUAGCUAAAUAAGCGCUACAUGUUGUAAGACUUGGACAUUAUCAUCAUUAUUAUUACUAUCUUUAGCAUAUUAAGAAGCACAACUCAGCAUCCUAGCCAGUAAACAAGGCAUUAUUUUUUGCUAAAAGGCGACACAGACUACCAUAUAUCUAAAGUGUUUUAAUUGCUACCAUCCCUUCAGGUAACUUCCAUGGCAGUGUGUCUGGUCCACAAACUUUUCUUUGCAAAGUAAUUUGAUAUCGGGGAGGUACUCUGCCAAGUGUUGGGCGCUGAGGGAGCAGUUCUCUAUUCUCACCAAGCAAUUUGUUUAUCUUGGCCUGUUGUUGACAGGUGUGUUGGUUAACACACACAAAUUUUUUACGGCGUGCUCCGGUCUCACUGCAGUUUGCACUGGUCUCAUUGAACAUAUAUCAGCAGUAUACCACACUAUCAAUUGCGCAACAUCAGGCGUUAUAUAUAUCUGGCUUCGUAUCCAAGUUGAAUAUUUUAUUUCAAGAGACACUCGUGCAUAUUAGGAACAUGCAUUGUACAGACCUUUGCUGUGCUCACCGAAUAUGAUAAAAUACCAGGUGGUAUACACA